UUGUCCCUCCUCCUGUUCUUUCUCUCCCUCUCCCCGUUUCUCUCUCUCUCUCUCUCUCUCUCUGUCUCAGAGGAGGAGCCGAGGUAGUAGAUAUCGACGAUGUCUGGAGCGGCUCAGGAAGAGGACAAGAAACCGACCGAUCAGUCUGCACAUAUAAAUCUCAAAGUAAAGGGUCAGGAUGGCAAUGAAGUCUUUUUCAGAAUUAAGCGCAGCACUCAACUGCGGAAACUCAUGAAUGCAUACUGUGACCGGCAGUCUGUAGAUUUUGACUCCAUUGCUUUCUUAUUUGAUGGACGUCGAUUGCGUGGAGAGCAGACACCUGAUGAGCUUGAGAUGGAGGACGGGGACGAGAUAGAUGCAAUGCUGCACCAAACUGGUGGAGGGGGGAAUAGUUCCCCUUGAAUGGACUUGGUUAGUCCUUCCCAUUAUUCUGUUACUAUAUGCGGUAGCUGUAUGUAAAGAUUGUCCCCAAAAACUCGGUCUAUAUGAAAGUAAUAUCUUUUCUCUCCCUUGCUGUUUGCUGAAAACAGAGGAAAGAAUUGGUGGUGUAUCUUACUGCUGGUCUCAUGCCCUGAUUAAAAUACAUGUGCAUUGCCUAGUAGGCUGGCUAGUCUUGCGAUCGACACAGGCUAAUCAGUUAUAUUUCCGUGUGUUAAUACGUUGUAUGUAGUCAGAGAAACCUGUCGAACUCUCAUUUGCUCUGUUUAGUUUAUUUUGGAUCUGA